CGCGCGUCAGUCCGUCCACUCUCGCGCAACGGGACGGUCUGUACGGAUAUUUCAAUUAUUCGAUCGAACAAUCAAGUAAUAAAAAUCAGUAAAUCGAAUCGAAAAUGAGAACGUUACUAGCCGUAUUGGCGACGGUGUCGUUGGUUCGUGGUAUUGAAUACGAUGGUCUUCGUGUCAAAUUCGGCUGGUCAGACGCGCUGGCCGACAUGGAGUACUUCUUCAAGAUCCCUCGUACCAGCAAGGACGCGGAGAACGAAGGCUGGAGACGCACUGAACGGCCACCUGGACCGCUACCGGAACUGAGGAUGUACUGUCCACAAGGCCGGGCUGUUUGCCCGAUGUUUGACGCUGGGGGGUUCGUUUCUGGGUUACAGAUAUCUUUGCCAGUGGACGAGUACGAGUCUCUGGCAAUGAAGCCUGAGAAGAAGCUAGUAAAGUGGCGAGCACCCGCUCUGGAGGGAGAGCCUUCAAGAGACUACUGGACCCUCACGCAGUACUUCGUCUCUGAAGAGUCCCUAAAAGCCGGGGCAGGUCCACAAGUGGAAAACGGAGCGACUCUCCAAGAUGGCGGCGUGUGGGUGACAGGACUGGACGGAAGACUGAUGAGGAUCCCCAGCACUGAAGCCGAGCUCAACAGCACAGCUUUCAAGAAACAGAACUGCAUUCCUAACAUGGGUACGCACUACUACUACAACAUGACGCCCGAAAUGAAAUGUGAAGACACUCUACCCUGGUUCGCGCUAGUAAGCCAGGGCGAUUUGAUCGGCACCGGGUUUCAGAUAUUCGGCCGAGUGGGACGCCAGAAGUACCGGGAUUGGUUCGAGCGCCCGCCCGGCGCGAGGCAGGGUGCUGAGCUCACGAUCCCGUUCGCCCCUCCGUGCCUGUACGAGUGGGUGUCGUCGUACGGAAUCGUGUCACUGCACAUCUACUACGUCGACAAACCUUGGACGAUUAAAUGCAGGACUGGCGACUCGGUGCAGCCUGCGCCGGCGCUGGACCGGCUCAUGUUCAGUGGCUACCGGUACGCGAACCAAGUAGCCGACGAAGUCAAGAAGCUCUUCAGUGGAUAACUACGGGAUAGUUAUACGAAUAGUGCCUAAAUUACAAACUUUAAAGGUCAAUGUGGUGAAGACCGUCUUUAAGGGAAGCCCGUACUAAUACAGAAGGUCAGUAGAGCAGGAGCGAAGUUCUUCCUCUUUAACUAUGUCUGGGCGACGUCGUAUUACAAAUACGAGUCUUUUCUGCAAAUUUUAUAUGCCGGUCUUCUCACCUUGACCUUAUUAGGUAUUUUAUUUAAUACAUACUUUAAAUGAUUACGUAUUUCGUCUUAGCUAAUCAACUUUAAUCAUUAAUCACACUCAAGAAAAAAAUGCCAUUAUACCUAUAGUUAAUCGACUAUCUAUGACACUACGGCUUCUUUCGAUUCUUUAAAAAAAAAAAACCCAUAAUAGUCCCCGUUCGAGACAGCCUAUUGAAAUGGACGGGUAACUACGGAACCCUGCACUGAGAAUGGCUCAGCGUGCUCUUGGUCGGUGUUGUAUUAUUCGAAUUGUAAUCAAAGAGGUACGAUUCUAUAAUCUGAUUAAAGUGAUGAACCUUUACGUUGAUUGGAACGACUUAAGGUGGUGCCAUCAUGGUUUUGCUGGUAAUCAUUUAAUUUCAUCGUUUUCUUUAAGAGGAUUAUUAAUAGUCAGUAUCUGAUCGGAAACCAGUUAUUUAUCUAUUCUCCUUUCCUCUUAUCUUAGUUCUAACUAAUAUUAGACCUAAAUUCGAAAGUUUGUUAGGAAGAAUAGAUUUCUAUGUGUAUAUUUCUUACUUUUUUCGUGCUUAGAUUGAUUUGACCGGAGGACCGAUUUGGAUGAUAUUUGCCAUGGACAUGAUUUGGAUAGGUACAGUCAAGAUUGUAAAAAUACAAAAGUUGUACCGUAUCGUCUUUGUCCGAUAUACAUAUACUACUCUAUGUCGUUUAAAUCACGUCAAAAAUUCGAAUGUGGGCGAAAAAACAUAUUAAAGGAUAUUGAUUUUA